AUGCCGUCUGCCGUCGGUUACCACAGUUCCGACAUCGGCCUCGGAGAUGACGAGUUCUGGACCCAAAUGAAGGAGGAGCCCACUUCACCGUCGGCCUCGAGCACCUCUCCUCCAUCACCCCAGGCCGAGCUCACGAAGGAGGAAACACAGUUCUACGAGGCCGCCAAAGUGCGAAUGACUGCGCUGCAACGGACCGUGUCGGAGUGCAUCAUGCAAUCCGGUGGUUCGUGCCACUUUGAAUUCAUCCUCGACACUAAAUGGGCCGAUAUCAAGAACGAAGACGCGCUCCCACGGAUUGCCAACCUGAAGAAGCUCGUGGGCGCGUGCGUCGCUCGAGAUCGCGGAGAGGACUCGAAGGCUCUCUUCAUGAGGGACCACAAUGCCGAGUCCAGCGGCUACUGGAAGCUGGGCCUCUCCAACCCCUACGUCAAGACGUCUGGUCUGACCUUGGAUACCAAAGAAAAGGGCAGCAGCGGUAGCGGCAGCGGCAGCAGACGCAAUGUCCCACUCACUCACCUGCAGGAGUUGAUCAUUGAUGCGAUCGCCGCGAACGGAGAAGCCGCCGAUUUGGAAUCGAUCUACGCCUACAUCAAGGAGGGCUUGACGCGUCGCGAUGGCACGCCCUAUGCCGCGGAUAUCCGUAGGGCGGUGCAGUCCAGCCUCUUCAACAACUCUUCCCAGUCGCCAAUCUUCGUCAAGCUCCCCGAGACUGAUCAGAACACGUGGGGCCUGGCCGCACGCGGGAAAGCGCUGCUGCGUGAGCGACAGCAAAAGAUGCGGAUGGCUGAACAGGAUCAGCUCAUCGAAGAUGAUGAAGAUGACGAUGAAGACGACGACGACCCCCGCACGCCGUCGUUUGGGCAGGCGAAUGGCAACGGCAGCGGUGGCCACGGUCUCGGAAGUCCCAACGGCAAUUCGGGCGGCGCAGCCUCGGACAGACCCAAGAAGAAGAGAAAGAAGAAGAACCAGUUCUCUGGCAUUCAGCAGAUGAUUGCCGAGGUCAUGGAGCGGAACGGCGGAUCCGCACCGUUCGAGACCAUCCUUGGCGAGUGUCAGAAGCGUUGGCGCACGCUACGGAAGAGGGACGGCGCGCCCUACAAUGCUGACCCCAAGCGUUCGAUCAACGCCUCGCUCACUAAGACCCCUGCCUACGGCCAAGUCUUUGAGCGCGAUCCCCACAUCGAGGGCUUCUGGCGUCUCACCCCUGCUGCCCAGAAAGUGUGGGACCAAUUGAAGACAGGAUCCGUCGAGCCGGCCCAGGCCGCGGUCGCCCCGCGCGUAAUGAUGAUGCCACGGAUGAACCUCGGCGCGCUGACCGGCACGAGCGUGUCGCCCGUUUCUGCGGAGAUGCACGCGGGAUCGCGGCACGACGACGAUGACGGCGAUGGCGACUACCUCGUCGGCAACGGCAAUGGCAAUAGCAGGCGGCUUGAGGAGCGCCGGGAGCUGGAGCGCGAGCGGAGAGAGAGGCGGCGGCUGCGCGAGAGCAGCGAAGGAGGUCUGGGGAGCAGCCCCCAGGCCGGCGGGAAGGACUCGUCGUCAGGCUUCCUGGCCGCAUCGACGUCGACCAGUCCCACCGACGGGCUGGCGGCGUUUGCGCACCAGGCCAUCGGCGACGGCUCCUUCACGCAUUUCCCGCGCGCACUGAUACGGGAAGACGGCUCCAUGGCGAUGGUCGACGAGGACGAGAUGGAGGACGACGCCAUCGACGGCCGGCGAACGAAGAAGCGAACCCGGCGCGACGAGGGCGAGCGAGACGAACUCGAGGGCGACGAGGACGAGCUCGAAUACGGCGAAGGGCUCGGCGAAGCGCCCAAGCUCGCCUCCAUGCAAGCCAUGGUCAUUCGAGCGAUCCGCAAGAACGGAGGCAGCAGUUCCUUCAAGACCAUCUACGACGCGCUAUGUGAGAAAGUGGAGAAGGACAAGGGUCUGAUGUCGGCUGUCAACUGGGCGCGCGUGCAUCGUUCCAACUUCCCUGGCGACAACAACAGCGAAGAAGAAGAUGACCAGAACGCCGUCAAGGUGUUUGCCCGCAACGAGCAGGGCAACUGGUCGGUGCCAGACCUCAAGGCCUUCAUGCGGAACCACAAGCUCAUGCUAAUGUUCUUCCUCUUCUUCUUUGUAAUGCGGCAGUUGUGCGAUUGGGUGAUGAAGCACAAGAGGAAGCGAAUCAAGGUAGACAAGUUUGUUCCCAAGAAGAAGAACUCCCGAAUCGAUGAAUGA